AUGAUCUUUGGCUUACAUGUUGACGCUGCAAGCCCAGCUGGCACAAUUUCGUGCAAGAGCGGUGUGAUGAUGAGUGCCUGCAAUGACUUUGACAUAGUGAUUAAAGGCGCUGGUGGGCACGCCUCCCAGCCCGAGCUCUGCACCGACCCCAUCGUGAUCGCUGCCGAGGUGGUCACGAGCCUGCAGACAGUUGUGUCGCGUCGCAUCGGGGCCCUAACCGCUCCUGUUCUCAGCGUGACGAUGUUUCAGGGCGGAACGGGCAGCUACAACGUGAUCCCCGACACCGCUCACCUGCGCGGCACGCUGCGCUGCCUGGAUCGCGAGGUUCAGGCGCGUGUGCCUGGCUUGAUGGAGGGGAUCGUUUCUGGGAUUGCGAAGGCGCACGGCGCCCAGUAUGAGAUGAGUUGGCUGGAGCCCAACAUCGUCACGUACAACGAUCCGGCGGCGUAUGGUGUUGUUAGGAACGUUGCAGAGCGAAUAGUUGACGGUGUGUCUUUUGUUGAACUCCCGACUGCAAUGAUGGGUGUGGCAGACUUUUCCGAGUAUGCUGCCAAAAUACCGGGGUGCUUGUUUUGGCUUGGUGUGGGGGACGAAAGUGGGAGUUUCGCAAGCAGACAUAAUUACAGCUCGCGGCAUCGCAUAAAUGAGGCGGCCAUGAAGGAGGGCGUGAAGAUGCACGUGGGGUUGGUAGCCGCGUUGUCAAUGUUGAAUGGCUCUUUUACGGGUUAG